UUCCAGUUCGUGGUUGCAGCCGGCGUGUUUAACGUGGGGUUGAUUUUAUAACAUGACGCGCUAUAAUUAAUGGUGUGUGUGUUUCUACUGUAUGCAUGCGCGUGAGUUACCAGGCUGCUGACCUUAUCGUACUUCAUGUCAUUUUCAUCAUAUCGCGAUAAUGUUCCUCAAAGGCUUCACAGCGGUUGUUGUGGUGUCUUGCGCAGAGUAAUGUCACGUUAGAUCGAUCCGCUUGUCGCCAGGAGGAGUCAUGCCAGCAUGAGUGGGCCCUACCCAGGCCCUGGCAGGGAGACUCAUCAGUCCAGCCGCCCUUUGACCCCCGGCCGUGACCUCUCAGCCUCUAGACACCAUGACCACAGGAUCGGGCUAACCAUGUCUGCCUCUUCCCUCAAGCAUGCAUCCGUCUAUGGGUUCACACAAAGGGACCACUCCUCCUCCUCUUCCUCUUCCUCCUCCUACAGCCCUCUCAGGAGGCUGCAGCAUCUCACCAGCAUGGUGAGCCAGCCUGACCUGGUCCUGCCGGUGAGGGAGCCAGAGAGGAGCUGGGAGUGGGGCGUGAAUAAGAAGGAGAGGGGGAAGGGGAUGGAGAUGGAGAGGGACUCCUGGGCUGAUUGCACUAGCAGGGAUUAUUCUGGCACCCAGAACACAAGCAGAGAGGAGAGCUUUGGGGGCUCUUCUGCUGAACAGAAACAGCCCGUGGUCCAAACUAGAAGUCAUGAUGUGGCGGCAGCAAAUCGCAGCGAUCCUGUCGUCUCCGAGAAGAAGACAGAAGGUUGUUUCUCGGGCCCGCCCAGCCCGGCCUUCUCUUUGGACAGCAACAGCCCCUUCGCUAACGGCUUCCUCCACUUUGAAUCCUCUUUGUUUGAGGAUGACGACAACGACGAAGAGCAGGAGGCGGUGUCACCUCUGGGAGGAGGCUUGCAGGACAAACACGAGAGGGCGGGGAAUGUUCUCCCGUCCUCUCCUGAACACAUGAAUUCGGACGCCAAGGAUGCUACCCGGUCGUCAGCCAAGGUGGUCACCCGGUCCCAGUCCUCGGGUCAGCGCAGGAGAUACUGGGACGGCUCGGAUGACGAGUGGGAGAGCGGCACCGAGCUGCUCCUGCUUGAGGAUAGUCCUUCAAGGCAUUCAAUGAACAGCCUCAAGAAAAAGUCUUUGCCGUCUGUGAAGUUUUUAGAGGGUGAAGUUAUUUGGGCAAAGUUCAACCGAAGACCAUGGUGGCCCUGUGAGGUGACCGUUGACCCCGUAGAGGGAAUCUAUCACCGCGUGAAAGAGCCCAGUGACCGGCCCUGUCGGCUCUACCAUGUCAGGACCUUCGGGGAGCCUGUGGAGCUAGCCUGGGUGGAGGAAAAAUCAACUCACAUUUUCCACGGAGGCUUUGAAUUUGAACAGCUCGCCCUAAUGCACCGGCGGGGGAAGCAAAGGGAGCAGAACUACAAAUACACUAUUGCAAAGCGUUUUCAGGACUCUUGGAAAUCCAGUGUGGCAGAAGCUGAAUCUGUUCUCCAAGAGAGACCCAAAAUGGCUUCUUCCUUUCCUUCGAUCAUAGAUGAUCCCUUCCACGACAGUUCCACACCGGAGAGAGAAAACAAGGCCUAUCCGACCUUUCCUCCCUCCACUUCAUCCACCCUUCCUGAGACAUCGCACUUCACCAAUGGGUCCAUUUCAUCACCAAUUACAACUCUAGCAAAGCCAAGCACUUUAAGGAAAUCUUCUGGCAAGAAGAAACCAAGUAAAUCAUCAAAGGACAUUAGUAUUAAACACUCUAAAAAGACAUUGCAUAAUAGCCCUGACCAAUCUGAUAGAGACAAUGGAGAAUGUCCAUAUUCUGAUCUCGACUCAGUUCCUAAGAUUUUGUGUCCUAAAGCACUUGAACGUCAGUCUAAGCUAGUUUCGACUCAGCCAUCUGUCACAGUUGUCAAAGAGAUGAAGAAGCAGCCAGAGAUUCAGACUGGCCUUUGGUUCAGUAAGUCAGGCAAAGACAGACGACCUAAAACAACCAGUCCGAUGCCAGACCGCACUCUUUUUGGUAAGGUGGCCUGUAAGAAAAAGAACUCAACUGCGGUAAGUAAAAAGUUACUGGUACCUAGUUUCUCCUCCAGUGGUGGGCUCAGUGACCAGUCAGUGUUGUCAGACAAGCGUAGAACUCCUGCUGAAACAAAUCUGUCACCUGAACAGCCAGGACGUUUGAAGUGUCUAAACACCCCGGUUGCUAAUAGGCCUUUUGGUACCACUGGCAAUCACACUGACCAGUCAGGGUUUUCAGACAAGCAUAAGACUGUGGCACCUGCUGAAACAAAUUUUCCACCAAAAGAGCCGGAACAUUCUAAGAGUAAAAACACCAAGGUUGCUAAUAGGCCUUUUGGUACAACUUUCAGUCCUACUGACCAGUCAGGGUUUUCAGAGUUUUUAAACAAACAGAGGUCGCUGGUCUCUGUUGAGACUGGGGUGCCCUCAGACAAGUGUCGAUAUUCAAAGGCUAGAAAGACAGUCGAUAAUACAAUGGAAACUGUUACUGUCUCACCAUCGGACCAAUUAGGUAGUGCAGAUGUUAAAAAUGCCUUAGAGCCCAGCCCAGUCAUUUUCAAUGAUCAAACCAGGUUGAGUGUAAAGAGAUUCAGUCAAACUCAACACUCAGAUGAGAUGGCUACUGAAAAGGUCCAUGUAAUUGACAGUUCUGACCAAGCAGAAGAAACGGAAAGUAAAGAAUUGAGUGUAAAGAGAGUCAGUCAAGCUCGACAUUCAGACAAGAUUGCUAAUAAAAAGGUCCAUGUAAUUGACAGGAGCUCUGACCAAGCAGAAGAAAAAGAAAGUAAAGAAUUGAGUGUAAAGAGAGUCAGUCAAACUCGACAUACAGACAAGAUGCCUAAUACAAAGAUCCAUGUAAUUGACAGGAGCUCUGACCAAGCAGAAGAAAAAGAAAGUAAAAAAUUGAGUGUAAAGAGAGUCAGUCAAACUCGACAUUCAGACAAGAUUGCUAAUAAAAAGGUCCAUGUAAUUGACAGGAGCUCUGACCAAGCAGAAGAAAAAGAAAGUAAAGAAUUGAGUGUAAAGAGAGUCAGUCAAACUCGACAUACAGACAAGAUGCCUAAUACAAAGAUCCAUGUAAUUGACAGGAGUUCUGACCAAGCAGAAGAAAAAGAAAGUAAAGAAUUGAGUGUAAAGAGAGUCAGUCAAACUCGACAUACAGACAAGAUGCCUAAUACAAAGAUCCAUGUAAUUGACAGGAGUUCUGACCAAGCAGAAGAAAAAGAAAGUAAAAAAUUGAGUGUAAAGAGAGUCAGUCAAACUCGACAUACAGACAAGAUUGCUAAUAAAAAGGUCCAUGUAAUUGACAGUUCUGACCAAGCAGAAGAAAAAGAAAGUAAAAAAUUGAGUGUCAAGAGAGUCAGUCAAACUCAACAUUCAGACACGAUGGCUAAUAAAACAAUCCAUGUAAAUGACAGGAUUUCUGACAAAGGAGAAGGAAAGCCUCCAGCGUCCAGUUUAAAUGUUGACACUAAUGACGCAUUAGCAAGGCUAGAAACGCAAACAAGUCUGGUCUCCAAGUGUAGGCUGCCCUUUGUCAAAUUAAUACGCAAGGACAUAAAGGGUAAGAAGUUCCUAAACUCCAGUGUAACCGUUAAUCCCAAUGACCAAGCUGGAUGCACAAAGAAAGAAAAAACACCAGAUACUAAUGUGAGUAAAAGGUCUUCUAAACAAUCCGAUUGGGAGGGCGGCAAGGCAAGUGUCUCCAUAGAUCAGGCAAUCUGUUCAGAAUCUAUAAAGGUCUCAGUUAAGAAGUUAAAAGCAAGUAGUGGUACGGGUAUUCUUCGUCUCUCGUCAGAAUCAUCACAAGGUAAAACUAUCGUUGCCUCCGAUUUGGCAAGUGUGCCUAAUGAGUUAGGUAGCCCAGAAGCGGAAAGGGUACCAGUUUUAAAUGUAAGUCCAAGCAAUGUGACUUACUCAUCGUCUAACCAAUCAGAACAGUCAGAGGGUAAGAAGACUCCUGCAUCCAAUGAAUUAAGCAUGUCCUCUGAGCAGGUAGGCAGCUCAGAGCAAAUAAUUACAUCUGCCACUAGUUCAGAUUUUGAUAAAACUCUUCUAUCUUCUUACCGGCAUGGGAAUUUAGCAUGUAGAAAUGCUCCUGUUCUCGAAGGUCCGUCUUGUGCGAAAUCCAAGAAAGUUGUCCACAAAUCAAAGCAGGUUCCAGAUGAAGUCAAUAAAGUCCUACUCCUUGAGCAGCCUGCCCACCUCCCAGCCAGCAGUCGGUUGAUGACCAGAGCCCUGAAGGCCAUGCAACAGAAGAAGCGUGAAAAAGCCAAAAGGAAGGCUGAACUGAAAGAACUCUUAAAUCCACACAGAAUAACUGAGGACCUUGCAUGUAACUCUGCACGUAACUCCAAACUGGACUUUUGCACUAAAAUUCAAUCUCAUUAUGACAAUGGCGAUUGUGAUAAGGACACUUUUUCUAGCUGUAGCACCUCCCCUUUGACGUUUGCUGAUUCACUUGACUUUGAAACUGAUGUCAAGAGUGAAGAUGAAAACCACUCAAUAUCUUCAACUCCACCAAUGGACUUCAUACCCCUUACUUCUAGGGUAAAGGCAAAGAAGGAAGAUCAAUCCUCUGACAGACACUCCACAUCCUCAGCUUCCUCACCAUUUUCUUUUAUCAAUUCCUUUAAAAACGUGGAUGAGGUAUCCUUUCAGUCCCUGACAAAUGAGGGUGAUGGUAAACCUAUCUCAUUUAAAGCAGACACAAACUACAAGUUUAGCACUUUUCUCAUGAUGCUGAAGGACUUGCAUGACACCAGAGAGCGAGAGGGGACCCCCUUAGAACUGGAAAUUGGACCACCAAGUGCACAUGUUAAAGAGGAACCCUUAGUAAUGCCUGGGAAGGCUACACCCGCAGGCCAAGAACAACAAAUUGAACAUGGUAAUGAUUCAAAUUCAAGUCCAGAUAAAAUUGAAAACAAACACAGUGAGGAGAGCACAAGUCAGACGUCCAAGAGGCCCUAUAACAAAAGGUGCAGCUCCACUGGGGUCAAAAAGAAAGCCAACCGAAAAGUGCCUUGUCGUCCUGCCAGGUCUGGGCCUGGUUUCCCAGGACUGAAGUCUUUGCCAACAACAGACUCUUCAUCAGGAGUGGAUUGCUCAUCAAGAGUCCAGUCCCUCUUUGGCAUACAGACCAGCAGCUGGGAGAGGCACGCUGGAGGUGGUGAAGGAGAAGUUGGGGAGGAGGAGGAGGAGGAUAGGUGGAACAGCGUAAAUGAGAAUCUGCAGAACAUGGUGCCUUUGGAGCAGAGGGGGUGUGACACUAUGCUGUGUCUGGAACAGCCGAAUGGCCUUGUUGGAGAUUGCACUGAGACGACCACAAGCUUCAUGCACAAUGCUGGAGAAGGUGACAAGGCUCCAAAAGCACAUAAACGAAUAAGAAAACCAAGCAAGAGGCUGAUUGAAUGGACAGAAGAGUAUGAUCAGAUUUUCUCCACCAGGAAGAAAACCAAAAAGCCUCUCCAGUUGAUUGGAAAGCCCAUUACUUCCAUGUCCGAACUCCCGGGAUCGGACAGCAGUGCACAGGACGACCACCCAUCCUUGAACUUGCUUCCUGAAACACAGACGCCACCUCCUGAGGAAAUUGCUGCAACAACGCCUUCCGAACUUCAAAUUCCCAGCACUGAAAACACGACCCCCCAAGAUGCACCGGUGCUUUCCAUCGACACACUAACCCCUCCUCCUGAAGCUGACCUCUCGCUGUCAGAAGGCCUCGUCAAAGGCAACGGAAACGUUCCCGUGCUGGAGAAGAAGCGGAAGAGGAAACCCACUCAGAAGAUCCUGGAGUACUGUAUGGAGGCAGAAGCCUCAACGGGCCCCAAGAAAAAGGUCAAAACACUGAAGAACAAUUCAAAUCCUGCUCCUCAGUCAGAUUCUGGACCGCCAUCUUUAAAAUCAAAGAGUAAGCAGCUCACAGCGUCCAGCUCCGCGCCGACACCCACAGAGGCUUCCACCUGUGCGCCCACAGACCUUCCACCCAGCUCUCCUGCACCCUGCAGUCCGGCGCCCGCUCCGCCCGAACUCGACCCGGAGGAGACGCCGUCAGCUGACGUUGAUGCUCCUCAAGAAGAGGACAAAAAGGACACAGCAGAGUCAGAGGGGGAGCCGUCCAGCUUGGAUCACAGCUUCUCCUCCAUGAAGGACGACUUGUCGCUGUGUGACGACCUACUUUUACCCUCGAGGAAGAUCAUAGGGGACCGAGGGGGUCCUGCCUCCAUGAAGGAGAACAUAUGUCAGGUGUGUGAGAAGACGGGGGAGCUGCUGCUCUGUGAGGGUCAGUGCUGCGGCGCCUUCCACCUGCCCUGCAUCUCUCUGGCCGAGGCCCCGAAAGGGAAGUUUGUCUGUCCGGAGUGCAAAUCAGGCGUCCACACCUGCUUUGUGUGUAAGAAGCGCAGCGAGGACGUGCGGCGCUGUAUGAUUCCUGUGUGUGGGAAGUUUUACCACGGUGAGUGUAUCGCCAACUUCGCGCCGACCGCACCUGUGAACCGAGGCUUUCGCUGCUCCAUCCACGUCUGUCUCACCUGCUUCAUCACAAACCCCAGCAGCUCGUCCAUCUCUAAAGGCCGUCUGGUUCGGUGUGUGCGCUGCCCGGUGGCCUAUCAUGCUACAGACCUCUGCAUGGCAGCAGGCACCGUCGUCCUCUCCAACAACAGCAUCAUCUGUCCCAACCACUUCGCCCCCCGCCGCGGCGUCAAGAACCACGAACACGUCAACGUCAGCUGGUGCUUCGUCUGCACCGAAGGGGGCAGUCUGCUGUGCUGCGAGUCCUGUCCGGCUGCGUUCCACCGCGAGUGUCUGAACAUGGAGAUGCCUAAAGGCAGCUGGUUCUGCAACGACUGCAAGGCUGGGAAGAAACCUCGCUACAAGGACAUCCUCUGGGUGAAGGUCGGCCGGUACAGGUGGUGGCCAGCGGAGGUCAGCCAUCCCAAAACGAUCCCAGAGAACAUCCUGCGGAUGAGGCACGACGUCGGGGAGUUUCCCGUCCACUUCUUCGGCUCCAACGAUUACCUGUGGACCUACCAGGCCCGGGUCUUCCCUUAUAUGGACGUGGACGCCAACAGCAAAGAGAAGAUGGGGAAAGGUGUUGAUGCCACCUACAGGAAAGCUCUGGAGGAGGCGGCUGUUCGAUUUCGUGAGCUGCAGGCGGAGAAGGAGCUCCGGCAGCUUCAGGAGGACAGGAAGAACGACAGGAAGCCUCCUCCGUACAAACACAUAAAGGUGAAUCGACCAAUAGGAAAGGUUCAGAUCUUCACGGCCGACCUGUCGGAGAUCCCGCGCUGUAACUGUAAGGCGACAGACGAGAGUCCGUGCGGGAUGGACUCGGAGUGCCUCAACCGCAUGCUGCUGUACGAAUGUCACCCGCAGGUUUGCCCGGCGGGGGAGCGCUGCCUGAACCAGGCGUUCAGCAAGCGUCAGUACAGCCAGGUGGAGAUCUUCAGGACGCUGUCUCGAGGCUGGGGGCUCCGCUGUGUCCACGACAUCAAGAAGGGUCAGUUUGUGAGCGAGUACGUCGGGGAGGUGAUUGACGAGGAGGAGUGCAGGUCCAGGAUCAAACACGCUCAGGAGAACGACAUCUGUAACUUCUACAUGCUGACUCUGGACAAGGAUCGGAUCAUCGAUGCCGGUCCGAAGGGGAACGAGGCUCGCUUCAUGAACCACUGCUGUCAGCCGAACUGUGAGACGCAGAAGUGGACGGUGAGCGGAGACACCCGGGUGGGACUGUUCGCUCUGGUUGACGUCGCUGCAGGCAUAGAGCUCACCUUCAACUACAACCUGGAGUGUUUGGGGAACGGGAAGACGGUGUGUAAAUGUGGAGCACCAAACUGCAGCGGCUUCCUGGGUGUCAGGCCAAAGAACAACCCUCCAUCUGACGACAAAGGGCGUAAGAUGAAGAGGAGGGGCAAGAGGAAGAAGGUGGCGGUGACCAAAGAGCGAGAGGACGAGUGUUUCAGCUGCGGAGAUGGAGGACAGAUGGUUUCCUGUAAGAGACCCGGCUGUCCAAAGGUUUACCACGCCGACUGCCUCAACCUCACCAAGAGGCCUGCAGGUCGUUGGGAGUGUCCGUGGCACCAGUGUGACAUUUGUGCUAAGGAUGCGGCGUCCUUCUGCGAGAUGUGUCCCAGCUCCUACUGCAACCAGCACCGCGAAGGUCUGCUCUUCAUCUCCAAGCUGGACGGGAAGCUGUGCUGCAGCGAUCACGACCCCUGUGGGUCCGACCCGCUGGAGCCGGGGGAGAUCCGGGAGUACACGACGGAGCCCGGAGCCCUGACCUCGGGGCUGGGCAUGGCCGUCAUCCCCUCAGCUGCUCCCACCACCACCAGUCAGAACCCGACCGCCGGGAAGGUCCAGGAGAUCAGCGGCGGCGCAUGUGCCUCUGAGUCACUUCCUGCUUUACCCAUCACUCUCCCCGUCGCAGCGCCCGCCUCCUCGCCUCCCCUCGGCAGCUCCGACGCUCCCGGCAGCCCGCCGGUGUACGACCUGCCGCACUACUCGCCCAUCUCCUCGUAUGAGGAGGAGAGGGAUGUCGACGAGGAGGAGGUGGACGAGGAGGAGGAGGAGGUGGACGAGGAGGAGGAGGAGGUGGACGAGGAGGAGGUGGAGGAAGAAGAGGAGGUGGAGGAGGAGUCGGAGGAAGAAGAAGAAGAUGAUGAGGAGGAGUCGGAGGAGAGCCAGAAAUCAGAUCCUCAUGAAGAGGCGGUGAUGGAGUACCUGGAGAUCAACGAGGAUGAGGAGGAGGAGGAAGAAGAAGAAGAGGAGGAUGAAGAAGAAGAAGACGAAGAGGACGAGGAGUGACGCACAGUGGAUUAUUAUUAUUAUUAUUAUUAUUAUUAUUAUUAUUAAAACUGCAGGCAACACGCCUUCACUGUCACUACAGUUGUCACGACAACAAAUGAAGAUUAACCAAUCACACGUAGCCCAGUCCGUCACUGUGUCCAAUGAGCAGGUGGAUGUAUGGAGGAACUUUUUAGGACAAAACUAAAUCAAAACAUAAAUAAAUUCUUCAUAAAUCAAAUAAAUAAACAGCGUAAAUACUGUAUAGAACCAUAUUUAUACACAGACAGAUAUUAUUUAUUUAGUUUUGUCCUAAUGAUCGGUUCAUGUCGCAGUGACUUUGCACACACUGGCGCUGACUGCACCUUCAUAUGGGAGAUCUGACAAAGAACAUUAAUCUGGAACUUCUCCACUCAGCACAUCUGGAGAUUUGUUAACAUAUUUCACUCCGAUAUUCUUGUUUUCUCACCGACUUCACCGGCCAGUUUGUUUUUGGUAUUUGUAGAUUUCAGCCAAGAGAAAAAGCUUCGUGUAGUUGGAGACGGGUGUUGUGUCUGCAGAGCUGUAGGUGUUUCGUGCUAGAAGAGACCGUCGCUUCCUGUCUUCAGUCCACGUGGAUGACCUGACGUGGUUACAUUUGAAUCAAAUGGUGGCCAUGUUUUUAAAAGUACCAGAAAAAAAAACAACCCAGUUAUCUGAGUCGCUCCAAAUAUGAACCGAUAAUACUUUUACUUUCUAAUCAGAAGGAAGGAAACAUUCAACGUGCCGUCACUGAAGACGUUUGGGGAUUAAACUCCGUUUUUAAUUGUAGGAUUGAACUGGUGCACAAAAAGAAACUCAACCAGCUCGUACAGCUGGACUGAAAUGUCAGUUCAACGAUGUAUAAUUAGGAUUUUACUGGACACGAGAGUCCACAGUUCUUCAUCCGGCGGUGCUUCAACAUCAGACUAUCUCCGAUAAAAUGUGAAAGUGCCACGUGGUCGGCUGCCUGGUGUAGCCUCGACAUGAAACCCACGACGAGAAGAUACUGCGCUCACGGAAAGUCAUGAUUUGACCAUUUGAUGCCAAAAAGAAAAAGGAUUUGAACUGACGAGGAUUCGGUGUGUGACUGGGAACAGUCUGCGUGCCUCACAGGAAGUGUUUACGCCGCCACAGGACGCUAAAGCUGUGUCGUGGGUCAUUUCGCAGACUCCCCUGAAGCCUCCAUCACCAAAGUCCGAGUCGCCAUGGUGGUCUGAAUGCUGUCGUUAUUUAUAAACUCUUCUGUGACGCACAAACGAUGAAGGUGAGGAGAGUCACUCUCCAUCGAGGGGGGGGGGGAACAAAAAGUCUUUGGCGGGACGUGUGAAACGACGGACUCCCACCACGACGCUUGCACUUCAGUAUGUGUUCUUGCCACACGUGUUUGCGCUCUGUCUUCAAGCUUAAUAUCGUCUGUGUGUUAUCUGCCGAUGCCUUAGAGUGUAUUUCUUUGGAGAUGUUUUUAAGGAAUGGUUUGGCGCCUGUGAGAGCCAAGUGUCCCUACUAAUGCCUUUUUACAGUUGCCCAACAAGCAAUGUUUCAUUCCAGUGUAAUUAUGACCUGUUAGAUCUCAACCAUUAAAACAACUGCUCUAUAUAUAAAUAUAUAAGAAAAAGAAGUUAUGAAAUGA